AUGGAUCCGCUGAGUGUCACAGCCAGCGUCAUCGCUAUCCUCCAGCUCUCCGCCAGAGUCCUCUCCUACUUGAACGACGUUAAGGACGCCUCCGAAGGCCGUUCACAGUGCGCGAUCGAAGCGAGUAACCUCCACAGCCUCUUGACAAACCUGAGAUUCCGACUAGAAGAUGGACAUGGCCAUCAGCCAUGGUUCAUCGCGGUGCAAGCCCUUGCAGUCGAAAACGGGCCGCUCGACCAGUUCAAGCAAGCGCUGGAAACUCUGCAAGCAAAGAUGACAGACGGAGGUCGGCUAAAGAAAGCCAGGGAGGCGUUACUAUGGAAGUUCAAGAAAGAAGAGGUCGACGCCAUUUUGGCUCGGAUGGAACGGCUGAAGACGCUAGUGGAGAUCGCGUUACAAAUGGAUCACUUCAAACUCUCCCAAGCUAUCAAAGAUGACACCGGCUCCAUUCGCACGCACUUAUCGGCUAUCGAGUCUGCUGUCAACAAAGUGCAGCAGGUACAAGUCACCGCAAGCCAGCGCAUUCUUCUAGAAUGGAUAUCGUCGAGCGACUAUCCCGCUCAGCAAUCGGACAUUAUAAAGCGCAGGCAGGAAGGGACAGGCCAGUGGUUCCUAGACGCACCUGAAGUGGCACGAUGGCUUGACGACGCCAAGACCACCCUCUUCUGCCCAGGAAUCCCAGGUGCCGGCAAGACCAUGGUAGCGGCUAUCGCAGUCGAUCAGCUUCUAGACUCGGCGAAAAACGGCGCAUACGGAGUUGCAUACGUUUACUGCAACUACAAGUCUCAAGCAGAUCAGGACAUUGUUAGCAUAUUAGCAGCCCUCCUUAAGCAGCUAUAUCCGUACGUUCAUAUAGUCGUCGAUGCGCUAGACGAGUGUCAGAACGAAACACGCCGACUACUAUGCACCAAGCUCCUUGAUCUGCAAAAGGGAGCGGAUAUGCGAUUAAUGGUUACCUCGCGGUUUGUGCCAGAUGUUGAGGACGCUUUUCGGCUAGCAUUGAGGCUAGAAGUAAAGGCUAGUGAUGAGGAUGUCAAGCAGUUCGUGGCUGGCCAAAUACAUCGGCUGCCCGGAUGCGUCCAGCGAAGUGCAACCUUGCAGGAAUUAGUGCAGGAAAGAGUAGUAGAGGCUGUCGGCGGCAUGUUUCUUCUUGCUCGUCUACACAUCGACUCCCUAUCAGACAAGACGACAGCAAAAGAAGUGAAAUUAACUCUCGCUACAUUCUUGAAGGGUGCAGCUGCGCUCAAUGAUGCAUUAGCAAAGAACGUUCUAACGUGGAUUACACUUGCGAAGCGACCGCUCACUACUGCUGAGCUAUGCUGCGCCUUGGCAGUCGAGCCUGACGAAGCUGAACUCGAUCCCGAAAACAAACCCGAUGUGGACGACAUAGUCUCUGUAUGCGCUGGACUUGUUGUUGUUGAUCAGGAGAGUGCUGUGAUCCGUCUUGUGCACUACACUACGCAAGAAUACUUUGAGCGUAUCAGCUCUAGGCUGAACCCAAAUGGUCAGUUGGAAAUAGCCAAGACGUGUCUGACCUACCUAUCGUUCAGCGUCUUCGAAAGCGGCAGCUGUGCCACUGACGAAGAGUUUGAAGAGAGGCUGCACAAGGGCGCCGACGUCAACGCGCAGGGUGGACGCUUCGGCAACGCACUCCAGGCGGCUUCAUCUGGAGGCCACGAGGCGGUGGUGAAGCUGCUGCUAGACAAGGGCGCCGGCGUCAACACACAGGGUAGAUUCUACGGCAACGCACUCUAG